AGUAAACAGCCCUAACCUCCAAAAGCAGAUUGGUGUGUGAACGGGGUUUGAUGCGCGCGGUACGCGGGAAAGUAGUGUUUCAAUUUGAUACUUCUGUGGCUGCUGGAAUAGAUAACGACAAACGUUUGUUGUGAAAACUUCAUGUACAGUCAACGCACUUGUAUCGUUGAGAUACUUUCCGAGCAAAGCACAAAAUGUCUGCCAAGAUAGUUUUACCUCGCUGUGUGCUGACAUAUAUCCUUUGAAAAUAUAAUUGCUGACGGACAAAUCUGUUAUCAUUGAGCUUUUCCAAAGCUUACAUUAUGGAUGUGGAUAUAGAUGCCAAGAUUCGUGAGGGUGAGCUGAAUUCUGACAGCUCUAAAAUUGAAGAAGGAGAAGGAGAUGUUUCCAUGAAUGACAGUAAUAGCUUGAAUAACUCACAAAGUGACGAGGGUGAUGUAUUGCCUAAAGAAGAUGACAUGAAUACCUCAACCCAAUGUACCACAAGUUCUGAAAAAGCUAUUAUUGAUGGCGAUUCUGAGGCUUCAGGAGAUUUAAAUAAUAUUGACAAUGCUAAUCCCAAUGUCAACCCUGAUGGGUCUGAACUAAAGGAAACAUCCCAUGCAGACUCAAAUGGUGCAGUUGAGGGUCACCAAACUUCAGAAAGUACUGUUGAAAAUAGCUCAGCCCCAGCCAGCUCAAAAAAACGCAGACGAUCAAGUGCCCUGCAAAGGUUAGGUGUUGGUAGUCCUGAAGUAAUCAAUCGAAGCUCUGGCAGAACUCGAAAGCCAAAGCCUGACACUGAAGAUUUCCUUCCCACUGAUGCUGUUUUGGGGAAAUCCCCCAAAAAAGUGAAAAAGAGCAUUGAUAUUGUGCCUAGUCCUGAACCCAUGACAAAACCAGCCAAUGGAUCUUUAGAAGAUUCUGUUACUGAAGAAAAUGGAGCUGAAGAAAAUGGGACUGAAGAAAAUGGAUCUAGUGAUUUAACCAAUGACCUAAAAGCACCUGUUGAGAGUGUGGCAGUAUCAGAAGCAGUUGAUGGAGGACCUGUGGUAAAGUAUGAACCAGGUGAUCUUCUCUGGGGCAGAUUAGGUCACUAUCCAUUUUGGCCAUGUAUCAUUAUUCAUGAUCCAGUAGAACCCAUUUUUUACAAAAAAGAUGGACGAGGUCGUUUGACUUAUCAUGUUUUAUUCUAUGGAGACAAUGGCAAAAGAAGCUGGGUUGCUUCUACUUUGGUUUUGCAGUUUUUGGGUCUUCAAGACUUUGAGAGGCAAGCUGCUGCUGUUACUAGUGACAUGAAGAAGAAAGACCCCAAGUUCUAUCCCGGGUUUGUUAUCAAACCUUUCUUGAAGGCCAAGUGGAACAUUGCAGUGCGUGAAGCUGAAGAUGUAAUGACUUUGACAAGAGAUGAGAGGAUGGAUGCUUUCUUAGAGACCAUGCCUCAAAGGAAAGGCAGAAAGUCUAAGGUCUUUGAAGAUGACCAAGGAGCUGAUGAAAAAAAUGUAGAUGCCUCAGCUAAAGAGGGCAGUGCAGAGAGUGAAUUGUCUCAAAGUCCGACUCCAGGCAAGAAGAAGAAAUUAGCUCCUAAACCUGAAUCACCUUCAACUGAAAAGAAAAAGCGAGGGCGCCCAAGAAAAAUUCAAGAGAACCCUGAUGAAUUGGAAGCAGGUACUCCAGAACCUGUUGCUAAGAGUACUCCAGGCCCUGGAAGAGGCCGCAAAAGGAAACUUCAGAUAGAUGCUGAAACAAUUCAGAGUUCUAAGGAUGAUCCAAGCUUUAAAAUUGGAUCAAAGAGGAAGAGAAAGAAGAAAAAGGAUAAGAAAGCUAAAGAAGAUAAAGCUUUUAGCAUUUUCUCUGAGAAACACUUGGAUCGUCUCCGUGAUGAUCAACCAGAUUGGUCAGAAGAAGACGCUUUGAAAUGUUUAUCUCUUCUUUGGGAUCAGAAAGAUGAGGAAGAAAAAAUGGACUUCAUCCGUUUAGUGGCCUCAGAUGAUGUGUCUGAAGAAGAAUCUGAAUCUGAAGAUGAAGAAAUUGAGAAAGAAGAUGACAGUGAGCAAGAUGACACUGUUGAGGAGGAAGUUGCUACUGUUCAAUCUGCCAAUGCUGCGAAGGAGUCAGAUGAUGACGACCCAAUUUUGUCAAUACUUAAUAAAAAGAUUAACCUGUUCAAAGGAUACAGGAUGGAACGAGUUUGUCAAGGCUGUGAAAAGCCAGGUAAAACUGUCAAGUGCCGUGGACCUUGUGCUGGGGUGUUCCACAUAGAAUGUGCCCGUGGAGCAGAUAAUUGUGUAGGUCAAUUCAGUUUGGUUGAAGAUGCAGAGAUCAAACCUAAGAAACGUGGCAGGAAGAAGAAAGAAUUGGCAUUGGAAACUAAUGAUGUAAUAGAAACUCCCAAGACUAAAGCUAAUUCUCGCCACAAGAAGAUUUAUGCUGAUGAGGAAACUGAUAGCGAUUUGGAUUAUGCUGAUGGAGAGGCUUUGCCUGAAGUCUGUGACGAAGAGGCCGUCAUGCGUAUGAUUUUGGGAAAUGCCGCAGAACUACCGGAGGUGUCCUUUGUGAAUCAUUCACAGAGUGAGAGUGAAGUGGAGGAUGAAGAUAAUAUGGAAGACAAUACUGAAUUGUCAGAUGGCCCAUCCUCCACAAAUGUAGCCAAUAUUACAGAUUUUCGCUGUGGUGAUUGUGCUGUAUCAAGAACUCCCCUGUGCUAUGCCUGUGGACAAGCUUCUGUUCCAUCUGGAGAAGACAGUGUCCGAGUUCGCUGCUCUGUUGCUCACUGUGGGAAACACUAUCACAUUGAGUGCCUGAAAGUUCAAUGGCCUCAGACAAUUUACAACCUCAACAAGGGUGUUGUUCAUAACAUAACCUGCCCUCAACAUGUAUGCCACACAUGUGUAUCAGACAACCCCAGGGACAACAAAGGCCGAUUUGUACAUGAGAAGUUAGUGCGGUGCAUUCGAUGCCCUACGUCCUACCAUUAUGGUAAUUAUUGUGUUCCUGCUGGUAGUAAAAUUUUAACUGCAACACAAAUAAUUUGUCCAAGGCACUAUGAACCACCUAAGAAAGGGAAUCAUCACAUUAAUGCGUCUUGGUGUUUCAUCUGCUCCGUUGGUAAUUUCUUUUGGAAAUCAUCCUUUGUCACCACCACACCACCAAUAGUGGGCUGCAACACUAAUCCUGUCUACUUUGCAGGUGGUUCUUUGAUCUGUUGUGAUCUCUGCCCUACAUCCUUCCAUGUUGAUUGCCUUAAGAUCAAACCACCUACCGGGGAUUACAUUUGUGAGGACUGUGAAACUGGUAGAUAUCCAUUGUACAAUGAAGUUCUUUGGGUGAAACUUGGUCACUACCGGUGGUGGCCAGCUUUGUCCCUGUUUCCUACUGAGAUCCCUGACAAUGUGGAAAAUCUUCCGCACAGAAUGGGUGAAUUUGUUGUCCGCUUUUUGGGAACUAAUGACCAUUAUUGGAUAGAACGAGGACGCUGUUUCAUGUACCAUGAAGGGGACUGUGUGGGAGAGAAAAAGACCACCAAUAAAUCAAACAUGGAAAAACUUUAUCAAAAGGGAGUACUUCAAGCAAAUGAAUUGCACAAAGAUCACAAAGAAUUGCGAAAAAAGAUUCAGUCUCAGGUUAAAAUUGCACCACCAUUGAAACCUCCUCAAUAUGUGAAGAUCAGAGUGAACAAAGCUGUGGGCAAUGUCAAAAUUGUUGAAGUGGACACAUCUACUAUUUCUCCCUGUGAAUGCAACCCAAAUUCAGAUCAUCCCUGUAGUCCAGAUUCUGAAUGUCUUAACAGGAUCUUGAUGGUUGAAUGCGAUCCCAACACUUGUCCGGCUGGAGAGAAGUGUGAAAAUCAAUACUUUGAGAAACGUAUUUAUCCAUCUCUUGCGCCUUGCUUCACUGAUGGAAGGGGUUGGGGCCUAAAGAUCUUAGAAGACAUUCCUAAAGGCACCUUUGUAAUAGAAUAUGUUGGAGAAGUGAUUGAUGAUGAGGAGUAUCAGAAGAGGCUGCUCAAGAAGCAUGAAGAGAAAGAUGAAAACUACUACUUCCUUACCAUUGACAGCACACGAAUUAUCGAUGCUGGUCCCAAGGGAAAUGUCUCAAGAUUUAUGAACCACUCAUGUCAGCCUAACUGUGAAACUCAAAAGUGGACUGUUAUGGGAGACACAAGAGUUGGCCUCUUUUCUCUUUGUGACAUUCCUGCCGGCACAGAACUAACUUUUAACUACAAUCUUGAGAGUAAAGGAAAUGAAAAGAAACCUUGCAUGUGUGGUGCACCCAUUUGCUCCGGUUUCAUUGGGGCAAAGAAAAAUAAAGCACCUCUGACAGAUUCCAAAGAACCAUCAUCAGGAAAGAAGAAACGAAGAAGACCAAGAGUUCGUAAUUUUAUUGAAGAUAUUUGCAUGCUUUGUGAUGCUGGGAAAGAAGUUGCAGCAUUGGUGUCCUGUAUCAAUAAGGAAUGUGCUUCCAAGUAUCACUUGGCUUGUCUUGGACUUGCAUCUCAUCCUCUAGGCAAGUGGCUUUGUCCUCGACAUCAAUGUAAUGUUUGCCAGAAACGAACUCAACAAUGGUGCAGUUACUGCACAGAGUCUUACUGCCCCGCUCAUUACGAAGACAAUUUGGUUAAUGAUCCUCUUCAUGGUCAUAUUUGUGAAGUUCAUCAAAAGAACCCACUUUCUAAAGAUCACCUGAAGACUAAGCGCGAUGAACAACGGAAGCUGAUGGAGGAAGAAAAGAGGAAGGUGGAUGAAGAGAAGAAGAGACAGUAUGAAGAGGAGCGAGCCCGACGUCGCAGUCGCAGAGCACUAAUUUCCAAUGAGGAGGAGACUGUGGAUGAUUCGUUCAGUGAAGGUUCAGCUCUGGGAGAUAAUGAUAUUCCUCUAGAUGUUAAAAGAGAUUCAACUGAUGAAAAGGUGGAUGACAAAGAAGUGUCUAAGGGGAAGAAUGGGCAACUGAGAACAUAUUCUAAAGCUGACAACCAACCCUCCUCUGCCAAGAAGACACCCAAAGCCAAGGUUGCAUCUGAAAUUAAGGAUGCCAGUCCAGUUCCCUCUCGAAGAGGCAGAAAGAAAAAGAUCGUUCCUGUUGAAGAUGAUAGCCUCCAUCUGACAGGGGAAAGUAACACGGUAGCACUUAAAAAGGAGCCUCAAUCAAUUGAAGAUGACCUGAAGGAAAUUAAAAUGGAGCCAAAUUCCGUUGAAGAAUCUCAGAUAAGUUCAUCUCACAGUAAUGAUGCAGCAAAAGAUGACAUUCCUGAUGCAGAUCCAACCCUUGACAAAUUCAUUUUAGCUCCUUUACCCAUGGAUGAUUCCCCUGAGAGUUUCUCCAAGAAGAAAAGGAAGAAAUCGAAUAGCCCUAAAUCCAUUGAUAACGCUCCUCCUAAUGAAGCUUCACCUAGUUCUGUAACAAAGAGGAAAAGGAAACCCCCUGUUCACAAUAUGGAUUAUGUUAAUUCGCAGAGCUUAAACCUCAAGAGGUCUUAUGGGGACUCAACACCUGAUAGACCAAGCUCAAUCAAAAAACUUUAUCCAAAGAAGCCAAAAGAAACAAAUUUUGAUAAGAAUGGAUUGGUGGAUGAACUUGAAGAUAUAGCUACAGGAUUUGCAUCUGAUGAUAGUCAAGAAAGCCCACAGAUUAAAUUUAAGAAGAGUGGAGGAAAAGGAAGACUGAGUCUAAAUCAUGUACGAUCUCACACGGCAGACAGCACAACAGGUGAUAUACCUGACACUUUUUCCAAGGAUAAAAAUGGCCCUUAUGUUUCUCCAAAGAAGUUAAAAUCCCCUGUUACUCCCGCUACACAUUUGUCACCUGGGAGUCCAGUAAAGUUGUCAGCUGCCAAAAUAUUUGCCAUGCAAAGAGCAAAGGGGUUGAAAGUUAUGCCUCCGAAUCGGCGGCUCUCAUCGGCCCGAGAGCAGGCUCUAGGAUCCCGCUUAAGUGACGAAGCAGAUGAAAGAGUGGAGAGGUCAGGAAAAGGCUUGAAGGUAAUGAAGGGUCGUCGCUUUUCAGCUGAAAGCAACGCUGAGGAUAAGAAAACAGAAAACUUGCAUGGGGAAAGCCCUCAAAGCGGUGUUUCUAAAAAAGUUAGACCUGUUUUGUCCAAAGUGGAGGACAAUGCUGUUAGUGUAGAAGAUGAUGUGGAAGAUAAGACCUUGGAAAACGGCGUGUUACCACCUGCCAGACACCUUCAGUCUCACCCUAUGCAGAGUCCACCAAGUAAGAGAAUAAGAGAAGCUUCCCCCAAAAAGUCCACUAUCGGUGUUUGUUCUCUGUGGAACCAAGAUAUAUUGAAUAUUAUGAAGUAAAAUGUUACUCUUCGCUGUUGUAGUGUUAAGACCUUUUUUUCACUUAACUUAAAGAAUUUUUUUAGUCAUGAAGUUUCUAAAAGUACAUUCUCUUAGUGUUUAUAAGUUCCUCUAUCAAAUUUACAAGUACCUACUAUUUGCAUUUUGGUUUAUGCGAGUGAUUGCAAAUUUUGAAGUUUCACAACGCCUAUUAACAUAUUUUAAUCUUUAGCCAUUUCUAUUGUGGCACUUUUAAUGGUUAGUACAAGUACCCAAGUGAUUUUUUUUUUUUGUCAUUUUAUUUCAAGAACUUGAUUCUCAUUCUACUAUUUUACAAAAUAUUUUUAAAUUAAACUAAUGAAAGAGACUCGUUAUGGGCUGAAGUGAUUUGCUUUGUGUGAUUUAGCAUUUCCCCCUUUUUUGUUUGUCAUUCCACCAAAGAAUAUGGUUGAUGUAGAUUAUUUUAGUCAACAGAAAUUUGUUACUUAUCAUUUCCUGGUGUUUGUUGUUUUACCUCUUAGCUUCUUAAGGCUGGCACACAUUCCUGACAUUGACAAGUGUUGGCCAAACUCACUCUUUGUUCUGCAUUUCUCUGCUCCAUGGCUUUGUGACUUCAUUCUUUAUCAUUCCCUGUCCAAGUUAUUUCACAUAUGUUCAUAUCUGGAAGUUUUAUUUUUAUGAAGUGCUUAGUAUUAAUAAAGAUAAGGACAACUAUUAAAUGUUACCAAAAGAAUGUGCCUAUCGCCCUAAUGGUUUGAUUUUUUUAUUCAAGUAACUUUUAAGAGGUAAGAAACUUUGCAAAGUAUUGCCUCUGUCUGUACAUAAUACUUAGGUAUUGCUGUCUGUACAAUGAAUGGCUUUACUGUGUACUCUAUGUAAUGUAACAAGGUUUUUGUUUUGUUGUUGGCUAAACAUGAACUGAUUUCUCAUAAUCUCUUGUCAUGUUGGUUUUAAAAAGAAACCUUAGCAGUAUUCUCAGGUACUUGAAAUUGUUAAAUUUAAAUCAAAUCAGAUGAAUAUUUUUAACCUUGGGACAUGCAUCAAUGCCAUGUGCACAAUGUUUAAACAAAUCAGUUGAUAAAAUGUAUUGAUUUCUGAACCAAUUAUUUAUUUGAUUUGUUUUAUGUCUGGUCAUGACAAUAGAUUUUUACAAAUAGUUGUUGCCUUAUGUAUUCAGCAAAUAAAUAAACUCAUGAAAUGUA